CAGGUGUCUCCACUGUCCCGGCAGCUCCCGGCGGGUCCCGCAGCAGCGACGGGCGAUGGGGCGAAUCCCCCACAGACCGGGCAGCCCUUGGACAGGGAUUCUCCUGGCAGCCUCCGUCCUGGGCUCCUGCCUCCAGCCGGCGCCGGCCCAGACCCCAGUGACCACCACCCCGCCGAGCACGGUGCAGAUACGGAGCCCAACUAGCCCUGUCCUCUCCACGGUGGAUCUGCACGUCUCUGAAAUCCUGCCCAAGCCCACGGUGACGCCCGGCCAAAUCCAGGUGCUGGAGAACUGGACCUUCACCCUCACGUGUAACGGCUCCCCCAGCGCCGACACCGUGCUCUGGCUCCGGGACGAGGUGUCCCUCGUGCCCAGUGAGCGGCUGGUGCUGUCCUCUGACAACCGGACCCUCACGGUGCUGGGUGUCACCCGGGGCGACGCCGGCGCCUACCAGUGCGAGGUCAGGAACCCCAUCAGCACCAACCGCAGCGAGCCCAGCACCGUGACGCUGGCCUGUGAGUAACUGCAGCCCCGUCCCCCAGCCGUGCUGCCCCUGGCCCUGCCG